GAAAAAUCCCAAAAUAAAUUGAAGAACCCUAAUCGGGUUCCCUCCGUAAAAGCAGAAAACUUUCGCUCACAAAUCUCCCGUCUUUCUGCUUCGCAGCUCCAAAUUGAGUUCUCAAAACCCUAAUCCUUUCAGAGUUUGUUAAGUUUGUGUUGCAGAUACUCAGAUUGUUAAAGAAAAACCGAGAUCGAUUGCGAGAAGUGGAUGGUAACUAUGGAAGUAGUGGAGAUGGAGAAGGAGCGAACAAGAAAACGGCCUCGUCUUGCGUGGGACGUGGCGCCAUCCGGGUUAGAGGUUGGUUUCUCAAUCAAAAUUAGGGAUAGAGCGUACAGAGCGAGACAGGCAGAGAGUCCAGGAAGCAAAAAGGGCGAAUUUUACAAUGAAUUUUACAAGGUUAUGAAACAAAAUCUGACCUUUUCGGGUUGGGUAUGGUUUGUAGGCGCAACGGGCUAUGGUGCCGGUGCAUGAAGGGGCUGUAGCAAGGCGAGCGUCCCCUCCAAGAAGGGACGAUGAUCACGAGGGCCAUUAUGUGUUUAAUCUCGGGGAAAAUCUAACUCCCAGAUAUAAAAUACUAAGCAAGAUGGGUGAAGGUUAGAUGUCAAGUGUUCUGCUGUAUACAAGAUCUUUUGUUUUGUCAUUCUGCUUGUGCCAUUCAGCACAUUGAUGGUAUUGUAGGCACCUUUGGCCGAGUUUUGGAAUGUUGGGAUCGCCAAACACGAGAAUAUGUUGCAAUCAAGAUAGUUAGAAGCAUACGUAAAUACCGUGAUGCAGCAAUGAUUGAAGUUGAUAUACUUCAACGGCUUGCCAAGAAUGAGAAGGGCAGCUCACGCUGUGUGCAGAUUCAAAGCUGGUUUGAUUACUGCAAUCACAUCUGCAUAGUGUUUGAGAAGCUUGGACCAAGUUUAUUUGAUUUUCUAAAGAGAAAUAGAUACUGCCCAUUCCCUGUGGAUCUUGUUCGGGAAUUUGGACGUCAGCUUUUGGAAUCUGUAGCAUGUGUGUGAUAGUUAUUGGCUUCUGUUUUAUCAUAUUUUGUUUUCUAACCAAUCACCCAAUUCUGUUUCUUGGACUGUUUUGUUUGUCCAGGGGUUGCAAUUUGUUCUAUAGGGUCCCUCUUGUUUAAUACUUUUUUUGUUCGUAAUGUAUCCAACAGAUAUGCAUGAUUUACGAUUAAUCCACACUGACCUGAAGCCAGAAAAUAUUCUUCUUGUCUCUCCUGAAUAUAUAAAGAUUCCUGGUUACAAGAGAAGUUCUUCAGAUGAAAUGCAUUUCAGGUGCUUGCCAAAGUCAAGUGCCAUUAAGCUGAUUGAUUUUGGUAGUACUGCAUAUGAUAAUCAGAAUCAUAGCUCCAUUGUUUCCACAAGGCAUUACAGAGCCCCUGAGGUUAUACUAGGGUUGGGUUGGAGUUAUCCGUGUGACUUAUGGAGUGUUGGUUGUAUACUUAUUGAAUUAUGCACGGGUGAAGCAUUGUUUCAAACACAUGAGAAUUUGGAGCAUUUGGCAAUGAUGGAGAGGGUAUUAGGACCACUUCCUGAGCAUAUGAUUCAAAGGGCCAACCGGGGUGCUGAAAAAUAUUUCAGAAGAGGUUCUCGAUUGAAUUGGCCAGAAGGAGCAGUUUCCAGGGAGAGUAUUAGAGCUGUUAAGAAGCUUGAUCGAUUGAAGGACAUGGUGUCGCGACACGCAGAGAGCUCAAGACAUUCCCUCACAGAUUUGUUGAGUGGUUUACUGAAGUACGAUCCAUCAGAACGCCUUACAGCCCAUCAAGCUCUGGAACACCCAUUCUUUAAGAAUGCAAGUUAAGAAACAUUUUGAAGUGUAUUCUGUAAUUAUGCCGGAUGUCAGGAUGAUGAAAGGCUGUUUAAGGCCCCAAGUUUUGAUGUUCAAAUGUAGUUAGUACAAUUUACAAUAAAAGAAAAUGGGGUGCUGGCCAAGUAUCAUUGCCAGUUAG